AGAAGGCAGACAAGGCAGAAUCGUUGGGAAUCACAUGUCUCACGGAAAGUGAAUGGGCGGAUGUGCUAAGUGGAAAUUCAGCUAAGGAAGAUGGUGACUCAGCCGAUAAAUGUAUUAAUUCACCAAAGAAAGAGAGGAAUUCAGCCAAGAAAGGGGGUAAUUUAUCAAGGAAAGGUGGCAAUUCAACAAAGAAAGCAAGGCUAGACAGCUCUGAGUUGGAUGAUGGCGAAGAUAUGGAAUCUGAUGAGGAAGGUGCUGAACCUGAUUUAGAUCUGAAAGGCAAGAAGGUUGUAUUCACGGGAACGCUCAUAAAUCAAACACAUAGUCAAGCAACCAAAGAUGCAGUGAUGCAUGGGUGUAAGGUGGCGGCAUCUAUUAGCAAGGCAGU